AUGUUGGGGCCCGACUAUGAAGGCGGCCCCCCUGGCGAUCGCCCUGCCAGACAUCGAACACCAGAGCGGAGUUUUACGACUGACGACCCGAGGACCUAUUCCCCUUAUCGACCGCCACGGCAGAAUGGGGGCCCUCGCGAUGGCCGACGGCCCUCCCUCUCCCCCUCUGCCGGGGCCGGUGACCGCAGCUGGGAUGAUGAAGGGGACUCGCGGCAGAGCCAAGAACGGAACAGAUCAAGAGGCCGAAAUGGACGGCAAGCGAGUGGAGGGCAGCGCAUCUGCAAGAAGUGCGGCGAGCCCUUGACGGGCCAGUUCGUGCGCGCCCUGGACGGGACUUUUCACCUGGACUGCUUCAAAUGCCGGGAUUGCGGACAAAUCGUGGCCUCGAAAUUCUUUCCAGCAGACGACGAGGACGGCCAGGGACAAUAUCCCCUUUGCGAAACAGAUUACUUCCGACGCCUUGGUCUGCUCUGCUACCAAUGUGGUGGGGCCCUCCGAGGGUCUUAUAUCACGGCACUCGAGCGAAAGUACCACGUCGACCACUUUACAUGCUCGCUUUGCUCAACAGUAUUCGGUGCCCAAGACAGCUACUACGAGCAUGAUUCACAAGUUUACUGCCACUACCACUACUCCACCCAGUUCGCCCAGAAGUGUAAUGGAUGUCAUACGGCAAUACUUAAGCAGUUUGUCGAGAUCUUCCGUAACGGGCAAAACCAGCACUGGCAUCCGGAGUGCUACAUGAUUCACAAAUUUUGGAAUGUGAGACUGGCCACGCCCAGCGACGUCGCAGACGAAGAACCUCCACCAGAUGAUGAAAAGACUCGUGACAAAGUACGGGAAGAGGAGGAAAGGAUGGAGGAGAAGGUGUACCGCAUAUGGAGUGUGCUCUCGACUUUCGAAGAAUCCUCCGCCGCCUGCAUCUCCGACAUGUUGCUUCAUGUGAGCAAUGGAGCUUAUGUCGACGGCGUGGUUGUCGCGAAGAGGUUCAUUUGGCAUGUCGACAUUCUUUUCCGGUCUGCUGACAGGCUGGAUGAGACCAUGCAGCAGCUGGAAAUGAAACCUCUAUCAUACUCGAGAGAGGCAAAGCUCCUGUGCAAAAAGAUUGUGCAAUUCUUCUCCCUCUUGUCUAAGACUCAAGACAAAAAUGCGCACAAGCUUGGCGUUACCCAGGAGCUGCUAUCUUUGGUCACCGGUCUUGCUCAUUAUCUCAAACUACUCAUCCGCAUCUGCUUGCAAGGCGCACUUCGGAUAGAAAAGGACCAGACCAAUGUGGAAGGCCUCUACGCAUUCCUCGACGAUUUGAGCGCCCUUGAAAAUCUCAAGAAUGAUGAUGGAUCCUUACAGAUUACAGCUGCUAUGUCACGGCUGGCCGCCAACGAGUCCGACCAGUGUGUCCUCUGCCGAAAACCUGUUGAAGACGAGUGCGCCAAAAACGGAGAGAAAAGGUGGCAUAUAGCAUGCCUAAGUUGCACGAGAUGCGGCAAGGAGCUUGGCCGGAAUCCCGAAGAUGCUCGACUUAAUACCUAUGACCAAAAGAUCUUCUGCAGCGGUUGCGAGUCGUACAGCUCAGACUCAGCACCUCCCUUUGAAAGGAUAACGAAAUUGCAGCAAUACGUCUUCCUGCUUCAGGUGGCGCUCGCUAGGUUAUUGGAUAUACUGAAGAGCACCGGGGCAUUGUCUGCUUUGGAUCAGGCUGCUGUGAACGACUAUGAGCCAGCGAAUGGGAUUGGGCCGAGUGAUGCGCCUCGUCUUCAACUUGACUCACGAUCCAAAUCUUACACUGGAGACCGAGAGCAUCAUCGAGAAUCAUCAUACGAGAACACUCUCAAUGACGUUCGUCGUUUGAGGAGCACGCGACUCGAUAAGCACCUGUCGGCGAGCUUCAGAAAAGCGCGGGCGUCUCGUCUUAUGGAUGACCCUGGGGUGGAAGGCGGUGGUAACAUGCAGAGUCAACGCAUCGAGGAGGAUCAAGUUCCCGGCGAGGAGGGUGGCUCCGACCUGAUGUUCGGCCACCAAGAUGCUCUGACUCUGGAUGACAUACCUCGUAUCGUUGCCGCAGAGCAGGCUCGCGAACAACGCCCGGCGUUCAAGCCAGGUCGUCAAGAGCUAUUUAGAUCUCCAGCAACAGAGCCUUUUAUGGGCGCAAACCAGAGGUCGAGAUCAGCAGGUCGCGCUGGCGAACCCGGCUAUGGGGAGCCCUCGCCACAGCGAGGUGGAAGAAAAUACUUCUCUGAGUUGUCUCCAAUGGAGUAUUUCAUCGCUCGCCAUCUGGCGGUGCUCACCAUGCAUCCCAUGGUCCAAGACGAGUUCACACUUGAGGAGCUGCUCAACCUUAUCGAAUCUAAGAAACCGGCGACAUUUUGGAACAAGUUUGGCAAAGCGUUCAAGAAUGAUGGAAGGAAAGGAGUCAAGAAAAAGGGUGUCUUCGGUGUUCCCCUUGAGAUGGUCGUCGAAAGAGACGGCGCCGAGUCUACGGAUUGCAUCGGAGGAACGACCUUGCGAGUACCCGCUAUCAUUGAUGACCUGAUCUCCACUAUGAGGCAGAUGGAUCUUUCCGUCGAAGGUGUCUUCCGGAAGAAUGGCAACAUCAAGAAGCUUUCAGAGAUGGUCGAAAAGAUCGAUCGCGAAGGCUGCGAUAACAUCAACUUGAUGGCUCAGCCCGUCGUCCAGGUUGCGGCACUACUGAAGAAAUACCUCCGAGAGAUGCCAGAUCCUCUGAUGACAAACAAACUGUACAGGCUAUGGAUCGUCGCGUCCAAGAUUCCAGACGAGGACAAGAGACGGCAAUGCAUUCAUCUGGCUUGCUGUCUCCUUCCAAAGUGUCACAGGGACUGCCUGGAGGUCCUUUUGUCCUUCCUGAAAUGGGCUGGAAACUUCCACCAAGUUGACGACGAAUCGGGAUCCAAGAUGGACGUCAAGAACCUUGCAACAGUCAUUGCACCGAACAUCCUUUACAACCCAAUGAAAGGGCCAGCUCUCGACAGCGAGCCCAUGUUCGCCAUUACCGUUGUUGAGAUACUGAUUAACGAUGUAGAGUCCAUGUGUUUGGUCCCUGACAACUUCGUCGACGUUCUCAAUGACCCGACAUACAAAGAAGGAAAGGAUAGUGAUAUCACCACCAAGGAAAUCCUGAAGCGCUAUGGUGGCAGGGUGAAUGGCGGUCACGGUGUCCUUGGUGACGCCAGCGAGAUGAAUCCAACCCGGCCUCUCGCUAGAAGGGUAGAGACCGAUCCCGAGGCGACACGACCGCCCGGCUGGCAGGAGCCCAAUGCUUCCUUUUCUCAGCCCCCGAAUCCUAGCACUCCACCUAGGUUCCGGAACCCAGACGACACACAACAGCCAGCGUAUGGCAGCUCCUUUGAGGGCUCUGAAUCUGGAGAUCAUCAUCGUCGAUCAUAUCACGGGCGACCUAACAACUCGGUCGGUGUUGGUGGAACAGGGUAG